GGCUCGACAAGCGAGCACAGGUCAUCUGGCAAGGCAGUGGGCUCCGAGUCAACUGGGGCAUGACAAGCGGGCACUGGGGCAGACCAUUGAAUGUCUGGCUGGACAGCGGGCAUCGGGUCACCAGGCCAUCAGCGGUCAUUUGGCUCGACAGAAGGGUCACGCGUCAUCUUGGCAAGGCAGGGCUCUCCGAGUCAAUCUGGCACGAAGUGGGCACCGGGUCAUUCAGGUAAUUGGAUUGUCGGCUGGUCUCGACAGCGGGCAUCGGGUCACCAGCGCAUCAGGUCAUUUGGCUUGCCAGCAUGCACGUGUCAUCUGGCAAGGCAGUGGGGCAACGGGUCACCAGGCAUUGGAUCGUCUGGCUCGACCGGGGAUCUGGGUCACCAUUGUAUGAACAGCGGGGCACUGGGUCACCAGGCAAUCAGGAUUCAUUUGGCAUGCCAGCAGCAUCGCAGUCAUCUGGCCAGUAGGCAGUGGCUGCACGAGUCA